AGCUCUCCAAGGGGUCUCUGCCUCAGUGCGUAAAGCUGGGACGGGGCUCCGGAUGCACCGCGCAGCACUUACUAUCCCACAGGCUCCAUGUUUGUCACCUCUGCGGGACACUUGACAAGGAUUUCUGAUAUUUUGAUACCGCCACUCUCGAGGGUCACUGACAGAUGAAAACAGUGGCGCUCUGUUGAUGUGAAGGCGUUUUCCUUGAACAGAUCAUCUGUCCCGGAGCGCAGAGGGGACAUGGGUAAACUUUAUGGUGCGACUCUUUUACCAUUUGGCGCUAUCUGGGUUGUUUUCCUGUGGGAAUCUGGUGCCAGCUCUAUCAGGACGACGCUUGCGGUGAACACCUCGAGAACGGAGUGUCCAGAUAGUAAGAUCUUGACAGUGGAGUAUCCUUGUGUCAGAGCAGGGGGAAAGAACAGCACUUGUUUCAGGAGGAAAUGCUGUGAAGGUUUCCGGUUUGUGAUGGGCCAGUGCAUACCUGAAAGCGUAGAUGUGUGUGCUGCAUCGCCCUGCGAGCAGCAGUGCACUGAUAACUUUGGACGAGUCGUCUGCACAUGUUACCCCGGCUAUCGCUUUGACCGAGAAAGACACCGCAACCACAAAUCUCCUUACUGUCUGGACAUCGAUGAGUGUGAGCACUCAGGCAGCAGUGUGUGUGACCAUGAGUGUGUGAACACAGUGGGCAGCUUCCAUUGUCGCUGUCGCAGUGGCUACAUACUUGCACCGGACCAGCACUCCUGCAUUCCCAUACACAACUUGAGUUCAUCGGGGAAGUCAGACACCUCAAUGAGUGCUGGUACUUGCUCAUUCACCUGUCAGGAUUUUAUGAACAUGAAGAACAGUUUGCUACAGCUUAAACUGAGGCUGGGCAACACACAGUCACCGAACCAGGUACCUGCCCUGGCUAACAGGAGUGACAAGCUGUCUCUGGGGAGGGCAGGAAAAAGUCCCGAUAGCCCUUGUCUUCCUGGUCUACCCGGCCCUCCAGGAGCACCUGGGGUCCCAGGACACCCAGGAGAACCAGGAAAGAGAGGGGACCUAGGGGAGAGGGGCCCACCUGGCCCUCGGGGUCCCCGGGGAGACAUGGGACCCAUGGGUCCGGAGCCUGACUUGAAGCAUAUCAAAAGAGGCCGCAGGGGGCCAGUGGGACCACCUGGGGCAGCAGGAAGAGAUGGAAUAAAGGGUGACAGAGGAGCUCCAGGUCCCAGAGGUCCACCUGGACCACCCGGCUCCUUUGACUUCCUACUGCUAAUGAUGGCCGACAUCCGCAAUGACAUAAUUGAACUGCAGGAGAAGGUGUUUGGGGAGCGGCGAGGUAUCUCUCUGGACAGUCCUCAAUCCAGCGGGGAAGUGGAUUUUGUGGAGUGGGGCUCUGGACAAGGAGAUCUCAUGCUCAAUACUUGAGUUUUGACUUUCCGGUCACAGUAACAGACACUGAAACCCAGCAAAAAAAUCACCAAACUUGAGUCUUUUCUUCACUGUUAAAGGAUGGUGGUGGUGCCAACAUGUAAAUAAUUCCUAAAAUCACAUCUGGGAUGAACUGGGCAAGCCUUGGUUACACUCUCAACAUUGCCACAGACUGGAAAAAAGAGAUACAAGGACUGCAAAAUCAGAAAAUCGGACCACAGUCUCUCUGCAAGCGCUGUUCUGCUGCCGCUCAUAUGCUGUGGUGUGACUGAGGGAUGUGCGUGCAGGAUUUAGAGUAAGAGAGACACAGUGUGAGCCGUUAUGUCUGAGUCUCUGAGCUGUGCCUCUGAGCUGAACCACUUCAAACGACGAACUUUAUCGUCUACAUCUCUUCCUGUUCCUGAGUCUGUCCAUGGUGGCUCUGCAGCCACUGACAGUUUGCCUGCAGGGCGUUGGUACAAAGACCCAGGACCCGCACUGUGAGCCUCCCCUGCACCUGUCUGCAGUAUACAGCCCUCAAAUCUGAGCUCUGCAGCUACUUUUUACUCUGAGGCAUCUUCAGAAACUAAUUCAUGAGAUUCAUGAGUACAGACAACUCCAAUGUUGUACAGUUGGACAAAAACAGUAAUGCCUGAUGUAUUGUUGAAAUUUUACAAUUAAACAUCUCAAGUUCAAGUAUAUUAAUAAAAAAAACAUUUACUGCAGCAAUAUGUCCAUUAAAUAUAAUCUAAAAGACAUAUUACAUAUACAAGACAUCCAAUCCUUUGACAGUUCAUUUUUAAUAAGUAGAAUCUGCUGGUAGCUUAGAAAUAAUAUGCAUAAAGGAUUGUAGACCAUAAAAACUUAAAAUUAAAAGGAUAAAAUGAGUUUAUGCAAUGGUAAAUGUCAAUUUGAAAAAGUGAAUCUAAAAAAUAAUUUUGUAAACUUUUAUAACCCAUAUAUUAUCAGGCGAGUUGACUGUAAACAUAUUCUUUAUUAGAUAUAUGGUCCAACGGGAGUAGUUUCCUGGGAAGUGUUGCACACGUUUUCAUGAAGAAGGAAGGCAGCUUGAAAGUUUUUUACUGUGAAGCAGCUCCCGAGGAGGGUUAACUCUUUGCUCAAUAAAGGUUUGUUUAAAUCUAGAUUUGAGCUUUUUUAAUUUCGAUUUUUUGCCAAAGGGUCGUCAAAUAUCAAAGGAUCAACAUUACAGAUCUGACAAAGGCAAGGGUGAGCGCAUCAA